AUGGUGAAUUACUACAAAGUCCUUGGACUGAAAAAAAGUGUUUCACAGGAUGAUAUUAAAAAAUCCUACCACAAACUGGCACUAAAAUGGCAUCCUGAUAAGAAUCCCAACAACAAGGUGGAAGCUGAGAACAAAUUCAAAGCAGUUACUGAGGCAUACAAGGUUUUGUCUGACCCUCAGAAACGACUGCUCUACGACAGGUCUGUUAAGGAGAGCAGAAUCCCCAGGGGAAGAAGUGACACAGGGGGUAAUAACAGCUCCUUUGAGUCCCCUUACGCAUUCCAUGACCUCGACAAGAUCUUCAGUGAAGACUUUGGAGGGAUGGAUACCCAUGUACCUGUUUUCUGGGACCCCUUUGACAACAUCAGAAACAAUAGUGAAAAUGGGCAUAGGACAAGUGGAAGAGGAAGAAGCUCCAGGCUGUUUUCUGACUUCAUGGAACCAUUUACAACAUGGGAUUCAUUCAGCCCCAGAAAGCACUCCACUGCCUCCUCUGCUGAGGACACAGCUGGGCAACACAGUGUCAGAGCAGUGAUAACCACUACUGAAGUGACCAAUGGCAAGAGGAUCACCACUCGGAAAAUCAUCGAGAAUGGGCAAGAGAGAACAGAAGUGGAAGAAGAUGACCAGCUCUUUUGUCUGUUACAAUAA